UGCGCGGCGCUCAGCGCUCAUCUAGCCGCUGUGUUUCUGUGUGGGGCGUACAGCUCAGCAGCGUCUCGCCUACCUACCAGCUCCGAGAAUGGACUGACUUUCUAGCUUCACCACCGCUGACAAAUCCACUCUGUUUCUCCACGACUCCUCGGUUAAAGGGAUAAACGUUCAGAGUUUAACUCAAGCCUGGGAUAAUUUUAAUACGAAGUUGGUUUUGCCGUCUGAGCGACAACAAAGAUUUGGUGUGAGGUUUUUUUCCACUCGCGCGACUUAUUUGUUGCCGUUGGACGAAACGGGAUUCAACUUAAACGAAGCCGCAGACAUUUUGUUAUUUCUGAGAAUUUAGACCGUUUUUCCCCCCCUUCAUACUUUUUCACCACGCAGUUGGCUGAAGACAGCGAACUGAAAGCUUUGAAGGACCACCACAGGGCGAAGGAAGAAGCCAUUACCCUCCGCUCGCUAGCUACAUCCUAACACCACUGUGUGCAUAACGUUAUUAAUUUACUUGCGUUGAGCUUGCAUCGCCGCCGCUGCCGCCGCUUGUGCGUUAAAGCGGAAAGCUUGCAACAGCGAUGGAUCAUUUUGACUGACAGCUUUUGAAGAAUUAGCUAGCUUAGCCAGCGAGGAGCCAGCACUGAUGGUGGUUUCCUGUUCACAGACACAGUAAAUACGGGGUCGGGACAGGUACAGCUGAAUUGUCUUGCAUCACCCAGACAAGACACCGACUCUUUUACCUCGCUAACGGCUGAAAAGUGCAUUAUUUAUAUUCAGCUUAUUUUUUAGGGGGGUCGCUAGCUACUGUUAGCUAGUCAUCUUGCUAACGCUGGACAGCUCCUGUUUAAGGCUGGGCUAGCUUUGGACAAAGGACCAACGCGAGGAAAAAUAUAAACACAGGGCACUCAGUUGAUCGUGUUUGGGAAGGAAAGCAACAAACAAGGAAUUGACAUGAUGUUUCCACAAUCAAGACACUCAGCUUCAUCGCAGCAGCUGAAAUUCACAACCUCUGACUCCUGUGACAGGAUCAAGGAUGAGUUCCAGUUCCUCCAAGCACAAUACCACAGUUUGAAGCUUGAGUGUGACAAGUUGGCCAGUGAGAAGUCAGAGAUGCAGCGCCACUAUAUCAUGUACUACGAGAUGUCCUAUGGGCUCAAUAUUGAGAUGCACAAACAGGCUGAGAUAGUGAAGCGAUUGAACGGUAUCUGCGCACAAGUCCUCCCCUACCUGUCUCAGGAGCACCAGCAGCAGGUCCUGGCGGCCAUAGAGAGGGCCAAGCAGGUCACCCCCCCAGAGAUGAACUCCAUCAUAAGGCAGCUCCAGGCUCACCAGCUGUCUCAGCUCCAGGGCCUGGCCCUGCCCAUGACCCCUCUGCCGCUGGGCCUGAGCCAGCCAACCCUCCCUGCCGUCACCACCUCCUCCGGCCUCUUCUCCCUCUCCUCCCUCCUGGCCUCCCAAGCCCAGCUGGCCAAAGAGGAGAAAGCGUCACGUGACGGAGUUGACAGCCACCGCGAGGAGGACGGAGACAAGUCUGAUUAGAUGGUGUCCCUAUUCAGCUCUGUUUUAUCCAGAGACCUGAAUCCCCAGAUCUGAGCCCCCUUUGGCCUACAGCCUCUCCCCUGGUCUCCCUCUCUCUGACCUUAGCUAACAUGAGCUUCAAUCCCAUCACCACAGCUCCAGCUACAGAACCCUAAUCAACUCCCACUAUUAGGAGAGCUUUGACACCUGCCCCUCAUGUCAGACUAGUCCUGAUCCCCUCAUAUUUACCAUACUUUAUCCUCCCUCCUCUUUAUCACCAUCAGAUUGUCUCUCUCUUCUAUAUCCUGUAUCUUUUCUUCAGAUACUCUUUUUUUUUUUUGUAUGUGAUUAAGCUUCAGUUUUUUUUUGUGUGUUAUUUUUUCUUCAUGACUACUUUCUAUUUCUGUUCUUUCCUGCCUCCCUGUCGCUCUGUCUCAGUUCCUAUUCCUAAUUUUUUCCCUUCCAUGCCUCUCUUUCGCCCACUCUCCCCCACCUCUCGCCUCUGUUCUAAACUGGUCCUUGUUAUGCAGGACUGAUCUGUGCGACUGAACGCACCGUACUGUAGGUGUUAAAACAACCUAAAUGUUAAACACAAGGAUUCUUUGGCAUGCUGUAAAACUUGUCAGACACAACAUAGGAUUCCUACAAACUUAAUUUUCCUAAGAAAGAGAUCUUACCAGAGAUCAGUAGCGUUGAUAGCGUUUUUGGCAGUUCAGAUUGCAUGCAUUCAUUCCAAGCAAAAAGUUGCCGUUGAGUUUAAACGGUGGAUUGUUAUGGAUCAGGUCAACUGUUUUAAAAAGUGCCCUCAUUCCCCGACUAAAGAGAGAAACCUCCCUAAAGCUACACACACAUCCUAACAAAAAACUGCUGCAGAAUCGUUGUAAUGAGAAGAGAUCUCAACAACCUAGAGAUGUUGAGUAUAAUCCUAAAUUUAUAUGGAGAAAGGAGAAGCACCUUCUUAGAGCAAACGUCAUGCUGAGAGCUGUCAGACUGGAUAACAAACCCACCUUAGUAAGUAAUUCCCCCCACUUACGAUCCUUGCCUGACCCUGUAAGGUACGUUAGAUAAAUCCACCCAGCACCUUAACUGAAAGGCAACAUUUUCAUCAGUAGUUAAAGAAACAAAGAUACCGCUUGACUCUUGCACCCCCCACCCCCACCUUUUUCAUCUUUAACGUGCACUAAUAUUAGAGCAGGCACAGAGGGGAGAGAGCGUGCAUGUUUUGUAUUUGACAGCAGAGGGCAGUGUGUGUCUUUAAGGAAUCCCUCCUCAAUAGGCUCAGGCCUGAGCAAAACAAGGACAGGACAGUGACAGAGUACAGGCUGUGUCACAAGGGGAAUGGUUUAUUUAUCCACUCUGUGUGUACAAACUUAAUAUACAGAGACUAGCCUGGUGACAUUAAUCUCUGCAUGCGGUUAGUCCCAGUCUCUGUCAUGAUCCAGUUCUUGAGAAAUAGUCUUUGGUCUAUUUUAAAGAACGUCUCGGCGUGAAACAGAAACACAACUGGACCCGAGCUUUUGAUCCGUCUGUAAAUUCAGAUUUAAAUACUGUACAUUUUGAUUCACUGUACAUAUACAGGUGUGUCACAUAUCAGACUAACACUACAUUAUACAUAUGAUUUAACACCUACAUACAACACUGAGUGGGAAAUCUCCAUGACCAAAUAAGAUUAAAUCAGUGCACAUCACACAGAUAAAGCACAAGCGUCCUCCACAGCUGCUCUGAUUAGUGGAAGUUGGGUGAAACUAUGCUUAAUGUGAUGUCCCCAAACUUGGGCUGUGUUCAAAAUCUCUCCCUAUUUGCUACCUGUGGCACUACAUAUACCCUCUGCCAUUUUAUUUGAGUAUUAGAACUCUAUAAACUUUAUAGUGCCCUCAAAAAAUUCCCACAUUCAGGGCAUCCUGGUGGCUCAGUGGUUAAAACGCCCCCAGUUUAUUGCUGGCUAAUGCCCCAUUUAAUUCCUGGCGUUUAAUAACUUAACGAUGAACUUUGGCUGACGUGAGGCAUUCAUGUUCGUUUGGCUUUCAGGCACUUCUGUGUUAUUAAGGGCCAAGUCAGAUAAAUCAGAGCUUUCAGAGUUUCCCAGUCCUAAUUACUACUAGAAGUGCGUGGUAGAUGUCAGUCAAGCACAGUUUGUACUCAGUUCUAAAAAGAGGUCUAACCAGGCAACAUUAGUGAAAACACCUGUGUGGGUGGACUAUGGGUGUUGGUUUAACGGGUCUAGUAGCCAGGCCAGAAUGGCCCCAUUAAAUGUCUUCUUUCUACAAGCGGUGAUUAAAUUUUAAUGUUUGGGGUGUUUUGCAAACACAUUUCCAGCAGAGGUAGCCUCAGUGGUACUCGAACCCCUGACCUUGGCAUUGUCGGUCCACAAAGAUUAUUCGAGGUGGCCUGUGUUUGUCUGAGCGUUCAUUUGAAGACAGCCUGUGUAUGAAGUUGUUUUAUACAAACCCCACACACAUAGACAGACACAGAAACACGCACACACACUCUUUCUUAGCCUCCCCUCUCUGUUUUAAUGGCUACACUGUGAGAAUUAAGUGAUAAGAAGAGUUUCAUUCUCAAAUAAACAAUCCUUUAAUUUGGAAAAACGCUACUCUAAAUGAUCUUUGGCAUGAUGAUGAUAAAGCACAUUUUAUCGUUAGUCAUUCAGAAAGCAAAAGUAUAAAUAUUGCAUGUUACGGCAUUCAGAAUAAAACCCUUCAUGCGUCUAAAAGUUGAGAUGACGUGAUGUUGGUGGGAUGACUCCUUCAAUGAUGCCCAUUGUUGUGUAUGUAUGUAAAUACAUAGACAAGAUGUGUAUAAACGGUUGUACAGGUUUGGUCGUCGAUGAUAAACCACAGAUUUGAAAUGCUUUCCUGUUCUUACUACAACUAAAGCUAACAUGCUAUUCUGCUUGUGAAUUAAGCUUGCAGCACAUCGUCCUCCCAUCUAGCCACAUACUGUAUGUAUCUAGCUACAUACUGUACUUGUCGUAGUGAUAUGCAGAGCGUGUAGACAAAGCGAGACACACACACACACACACACACAUGCACACACACACACACACACGCACAUCAAUGCAUGCGUGUCUGCGGGGGAACCGAGAUUGAUUUCUUUGUUUGGUCCAAACUUUCUGUGAUCAAUGCACUUGUUUGUUUUUGUUUUUUUCCUCUUUGUUUUGAAAUAUUAAUCGAUAUGAACUAGAACGAGAAUUACAAAGCUGGCGUUAUAAACAUACAAAUGAAAUUCUAUGUAUUUGUUAAAGUAGUUGGAGGUGCUCGCCUCUGUAUACAGUUAUACAUAGAAAGCUUUAUGUGUAUAUAGCUGCAUCUUUUCUUGUCUGUCCUGGAUGAUUCUUGUGCUAUUGUGUUACAAAACUGAUGUGACACCAGGGGGGAAACUGCAGUACAUUGACCUUUUGCCCUUUGACCCCUUUCUUCUUCUCUGACCUCCCCCCACCCCCGUCCCUUGUCCCUUACAUCUUACCUUCCCAAAUUUUUGCCCCCAUAGCGUGAAGCAUUGUAAGCGUUUUGAGCUUUGUAAAGGUCUUUUUUUAAAUACUUAUUUUGUGCAUAAUGUAAAACCUGAAAGUGUGUACUUUGGCAAAAAAAAAAAAGUUUUGUGUCUGAAAUCAUAGCUUCAUUGAAACAAAAAAGAAACUAUAAAAAAGUACAACAAACAUUUACUAUAAAUAAUAUGAAAUGUUCUGCAGUAAGGAAGGACUUCUGGUGCCUUACAAAUAAAGUCAAUCAAAUCAUAA